CAAAAAGGCCCGGAUUGCUACCUGCCAGCGUCUCACUCAUCUGAGUCCGAGUCCCGGCGCAAUCUGGGGUCCCGUCUUCCUCCCUCCCGCCGUCUCUGUUCAGAGCGUUGAAGAAGACUCCCCCUCCGGAUCUUGAUACAACCCCCUUCCCUUCUCGUCGCAACACAUCGACAGAGACAGGUUGAAUUCACCAUCAUGGGGCUGUCGACCAAGAUAUUGCAAAAGAUCGUGCGGAACGAGGCCAUGGCCUCGGAUCCGCCCGAGAUCUACGGCUGGCGUGUCUACUUGCUCGCCUGCUCGGCAUGCUUCGGCGCCAUGUCCUUCGGUUGGGACUCGUCCGUCAUCGGCGGCGUCAUCGUCCUUCCGCCGUUCAUCAGGGACUUCAAUCUUGGUGAUCCAAAGUCGCAGGCCUCGGCCAACCUGUCGGCCAACAUCGUCUCGACCCUCCAAGCCGGCUGUUUCCUCGGCGCCCUGGUCGCCUCUCCCAUGACGGACCGCUUCGGGCGCAAGUGGUGCCUCAUCGGCGUCUCCCUGAUCAUCAUCAUCGGCAUCAUCAUGCAGGCCGCCGCCAGCGGCAACCUGGGCCCCAUGUACGCCGGUCGCUUCAUCGCCGGCGCCGGCGUCGGCGCGGCCAGCACCAUCAACCCCAUCUACGUGUCCGAGAACGCGCCGCGGGCGAUCCGCGGCCUGCUCACCGGCCUGUACCAGCUCUUCAUCGUGACGGGCGGCAUGAUCGCCUUCUGGAUCAACUACUCGGUCAGCAUCCACUUCCCGGAGACCAAGAUCAUGUACGUCUUCCCGCUCGCCAUCCAGGCGCUCCCGGCCGCGCUGCUGUGCCUGUGCAUGCUGCUCUGCCAGGAAUCGCCCCGCUGGCUGGCCCGCCGGGACCGCUGGGAGGACACCAAGCGGGUCCUGUCGCGCAUCCGCAACCUGCCGCCCGACCACCCGUACAUCCAGGACGAGUUCCAGGAGAUCGUCGCCCAGCUCGAGCACGAGCGCCGCCUCAUCGGCGACGCCAGCUUCUGGAACCUGCAGCGCGAGAUGUGGACCAUCGCCGGCAACCGCCGCCGCGUCCUCAUCAGCAUCAUCCUCAUGAUCUGCCAGCAGAUGACGGGCACCAACGCCAUCAACACGUACGCGCCCACCAUCUUCAAGAACCUCGGCCUGACCGGCACCUCGACCUCGCUCUUCAGCACCGGCGUCUACGGCAUCGUCAAGGUCACCAGCUGCAUCAUCUUCCUGCUCUUCAUGGCCGACUCCCUCGGCCGCCGCCGCAGCCUGCUCUGGACCUCCAUCGCUCAGGGUCUCGCCAUGUUCUACAUUGGCCUCUACGUCCGCAUCGCCCCGCCCAAGGAGGGCGAAUCCGUCCCGCCCGCCGGCUACUUUGCCCUCGUCUGCAUCUUCCUCUUUGCAGCCUUCUUCCAAUUCGGCUGGGGCCCCGCCUGCUGGAUCUACGCCAGUGAGAUCCCCGCCGCCCGGCUGCGCUCGCUCAACGUGGCGUACGCGGCCGCCACCCAGUGGCUCUUUAACUUUGUCGUCGCUCGCACCGUGCCCGUCAUGAUCGUCACCAUGGGCGAAGGUGGAUACGGAACAUACCUCCUCUUUGGCAGCUUCUGCUUCUCCAUGUUCGUCUUUGUCUGGUUCUUCGUGCCCGAGACCAAGGGCGUGUCGCUCGAGGCCAUGGACAAGCUGUUCGGCGUCACCGACGAGUCGAGCAAGUCGCUGACCGUGGACGAGGACGCCAAGGAGAAGGAGAAGGAUGGGCCCCACGCUCGCCAGACCGAGGUGGUGGCUUAAAGGGACAGGACCCCUCCCCCCUCGGGUUACUAGGAAACGCGGGAGUAAUGUAGUGUUUUUUUUGAGCCUCUUUGUGCUGGUUAUCCAUCAUCUGAUAUUACACAACCAUCGUAUUCCCAGCGGUAUUUUCUGCUGCUUGC